AUGGAGCAGGACCCAGACUCUGGCCCUCCAGACACGAGUGCCCAUCAUCACCAAGCCAUCACCGCCGCUCCCACCUCGAUCGACCCUUCAACCCUCGACUUGUCGGUGGGCGCACAAGACCAUUUGCAUACUGAUACGCGAUUUCUUUGCCCUGAAUCUGUUGUCACAUACGCACCCUCACCCGCCGACGUAACCACCGCCUCCCACGACCAGUCUCUUCCCGCAGAGCUCGCACCAUCAGCUGCUGCGUUGACGUUCCCUAUCGCCCACGAUGCUACCCCCAUCAGUUCUCUAGAUCCCGACGAUUUUUACAAGUCCUAUCGGCUGCCUCUUGGCGACCCUACGUCCCCUUCAGUCCUCACUCCAGCCGAUGUAGCCAGUUCACCUCAUCCCACCUCGCCGACCAUGACAUCCACACUCGCUCAUCCGCCGACCCUCGCCAACGGUAACGACGCCGCAGGCAUAUCAAGCCACGUCGACGGGCUCGUCGCACAAUCACUACGCGGCCCGGGCCUACAGAAAUCUACACGAUCGGUCUCUGGGCCAAUUGUGAGACCCAAGGGUGGUCCUAGUGUCAAGGAUCUCAAGAAGAGAUUUGAUGAAAAGGGUGCCGUUUCAACCAUCCCCAGCAUGCCUUCCCGAUCUGCACAAUCGACCUCGCGGCAGCAUCGCGGCCUUACUGAAUCCUCCAUCGUAUCUCGCAACGGCCUCGACGCUUCCAGGGAGCCCAAGACCCCCACGGCUAACGGCUUUGACACCUCUCGGAGUCAGAUGGCUUCGGCCCAGUCCAUCCGCAGCAAUCAAUCAUUUGCAAGUCGAAUAAAUAGUUCCGCUAUCGUCGAUACCCCUUCUUCUCUGCCGCAGCUGUCCCGAAAGCCGCACGCCCAGCAGCGACCUGGCCAAUCAUCAGGUCUUCUCUUUGGUGAGGUUUCUCCAGAGCAGCACGAUUCUGCGACAGCUGGGUUUGGCAUCGACGAGAUUCGCCCCCGGAGCACUUCGGAUUCCAGCAUUCACACCAAAUCUACUUUUCACAGUAUCUCGAAUCAAGAUCGGGAUGUAGACUUGCCAUCACUCCCGAGCUCGUAUGCCAGUGCUUCACACCAACCCCUAGCCGGCGGGUUACCAGGCAGCGGUAAUCAAAGUCCACGCACACGGUCACAAAGCGAUGCUUCCUCCCGAGGUUCCUCCAGCAGAACGCCGAUUGCAUUGCGCACAGGCUGUAACAAUGUACUAACCCCCCAUUCCGCCUCAAAAUUGCCUGUCGCCGUACGAAGGCUUCAUAGCCCAGCAAGCAGCUCGGGCGACAACACACCUUCGCGAGGAACGUCACCUGCCAACCUUCGCCGACCAGCCUCUACCAGCGUACAAGCCUCGAGAAUCACACCUCCGCCCUCUCGAGCCAAGACACCCACUUCAUCAAGUAAAACGCCAACCCCAACCAUUAGGGAGCGAAGGCCGCCGCCGCCAAGCCUAAAUAACUCUGCAAACGGCAAUGGCAGAAGAUUGCGCUCUCAAUCCAUAACGACUCCCAACCUUUCGCCCACACUUCGAAGUUCAAGGCCGCGUCAGUCGUUGACCAGCACAUCCAAUAAACCCAAGGACCCUGGUACAGCAAAAUCCACCCGCUCCAAGGGCAAGGAGCCAGUACAGAGGCGACGAAAAAUAUCCGCAGGCCCUAUCGAUUUCGAACAAAGACGGGAGCAUAUUCGCUUGGCGUAUAGUAAAUCCAUUCGCGAAUCUCAGGCUUUAGAGGCAAGGCAAAGGGCCGCGACUCAGCCCAGGAGGGCCGAGCAAGGUGCAAGUGCUGCCACAGAAACAGUUAACGGCACAGCCGAUAUUCCCCCUGUACCGCAGAUACCUCGCGAUGCUAUCGAUCAGGCUACUCACGUUGCCAGAGAAGCUACUCCAACACCUGUACCAGCAAGCAAAUCGGCGACACCUUCAAUACCAUUAACGAUAUCCCCAUCAAUUGCCAACUCCAACAGCGCUACCGUUGAAGACUCGCCUACGCUCGGUAUUCCAGGUAGCUACCCUCAAUCUAGCCCUUUGUUGCCGCCAGUCAGUAAACGAGCUUCGAUGGCGUCUGCCACGUCUGAGGCUACGGAAUUUGAUGGCGAACCGCAGACUGCGCCGCCUGUCCCUGCUCAGCACCUACCUGAGGUUCCCAUUACUCUUGUUAAGCCACCGAGUCCCAGCCCAGCUGCGCCAGCUCCCACCUCCACACCCACUGAGAGCGAUUACCAAUACCCUUUCUCGCACGAGCAAGAAGCGCAGCAGUGUGCACAAGAGCAUGCACAAUCAGUGGUGCAACAUGAUGGCGUUAUUCUGCCAUCCACAUCUAUGGCUUUGGCAGACCAGCUUUCAUCUGCAGUGGCUACGUCGCAAUCACCCCCUCAGCAACAGGGGCCAACAGGGCUGUUUCCGAGGUCAGAACUAGGUGAUGAGUCCGACUGCCAGUCCGAGGUAGAAAUCAUUCAGGGCAUGCAGCACAUUGCCUAUCCUCGGUCAGAGGCAGCGACGACGGACCCGGACGCAUGUACCGAAGACACUGAUGACAAUGAUCGAUAUGAACGAGCAGCGGACUUCAGGUCCGAUUUCAGAUAUAGCGAGCAGCUGGACUCGAAAAGAGCAUCGACAUGUGCCUCCUCCGAUGUCAGCGGAUUCGAUGAUCUUCAGCAGUAUGCCUCAGAGCGUGGCUCAUACCCUGUGUCUGGUACUCUCGGGAUUCCGUCUCCGAGAUUCCGCCCAGACCGCGCGAGCAAUCAAUCCGCAUGGACAGACUUCUCUGUCGAUAGCUCAAGACAGCUCGAUAUUAUUGGCUCUGAAAUAUCCAUGGACAGCCCUACUUCUAUCCAUCAUCCAGCGCCUUUCUCAUCCGCUACGAGUCCACGUCAGGAUUCUUUUCCGGAAAGCUCUGCUCCGAGACUUGAGAAGCAACUACCGCCAACACCGACCGACCACCAACUCCCUGAGCUCGAUACGGGUGAAGGAUUCUCAAUACCCUACCUGUCGCCUGGGUCAAGCCAGCGUCUGUCACUGCUUCCCUCACCACCAGUACACGAACCGCCACCUAUUCCGCAGACUGUAGCCGGCUCCGCACUUCAUUCUAGAAACUCUAGUGCGAUAUAUGAGGCCUCUCAUUCUACCAGCACGCUGCUGGACUCUGCACGAAACAGCGAGGCUUAUAUGACAUACGCUAAUACGCCUCGAUCUGUCGAUACUACCUCUUUCGACAGGGCAGACAACGAUUCAUGCAAAAUCGUAGGGACUGAUAGUGACGGCAAGUCUCUCCAUCAAGAUGCGGAUGCACCUUCAGAGAAGGAGCGACAUCGACUCGUGCAGCGGCGCAAUGUUAUCAAGGAACUGGUCGAUACCGAGGCUGUAUUCGUACGUGACAUGAACAUUGUCGAAGAGAUCUACAAGGGAACUGCCGAAGCAUGUCCCCGCUUGGAUGACCAGACUGUGAAACUCAUCUUUCGCAACAGCCACGAAAUAAUCGAGUUUCAUACUCUCUUCUUAGCUGAAGUGAAGGCUGCAGUCGCUUCGGUAUAUGUUCCCAAGGGCGGACGGACCGCCAAAGGCCCCCAAAUACCGACAAACAUCGAGCCAGGGACUAUCAAGUCGAGCGAUAUUAGCGAUGCUGGCGAUCGUGAAACUACAGUCGGCCCCGUGUUCCAGCGACAUCUCGAGCGCAUGAAAACUGUUCACGAAGGGUUCCUGCGAAAUAGUGACCAGGCCGCGAAAAAGCUCAUUCAAAUACAGCAAGACUCGGCCGUCAAACUCUGGCUGGCAGAAUGCAACGAAGUUGCCAAGGACCUGACCGCGGCCUGGGAUCUUGACUCUCUUCUCAUCAAGCCAAUGCAGAGGAUUACAAAAUACCCCAACCUAAUCAUGACUUUGCUCCAGUACACCCCCCAGGAUCACCCGGACCGAGAACGUCUCACAACAACCAAAGACUCGCUAGAAACCGCCAUCAUCGAGAUUAACAAAACAAAAAAGAACUUUGAGCUGGUUGGCCAGAUUGUUGGCAGAAAGCAUAAGGACACAGAUGUCAAGGCUGGUUUCGCUCGUGCUUUUGGUAAACGUGUUGAUAAGCUGCAGUCAUCUGGCAGUCGCGUUCCUGAUGACCCCAUCUACGUGAAACUGAAUGAAAAGUUUGGCGAUGACUUUGUUCAACUGCAGGUCGUCCUUCGUGAUGUGGAGUAUUAUACGCGGCAAGUAUCCCAAUAUGUGCACGAAUUUCUGCAGUACCUUUCAUCGAUUGAGCUGGUCAUGAGACUGCAGCCUGGCAACUUCCCUGAAAUUGAGAGCAAAUGGGUACAGUUCAACAUCUCGAUGCGAGACUUGGAAAAGGUGGCAUUGGAGGAACAUCUCGCGCAAGUCCGCAAACAAGUGAUUGAACCUUUUGAGCAAGUUAUCAAAGCCUAUGGCAAUCCCUCGCUGGCGAUGAAGAAACGACAGAAGCGCCGGCUCGAUUACGAGCGAGCCGAUCAGCAACGACGCGGCGGCAAGACACUAGAGCCAAAGAUGCGGGAACUGGUUGAGCAGUAUGAUGCACUCAAUGAUGCUCUGAAGGCAGAGCUACCGAGGUUAUCCGCCAUGACGGAGAAGGUUGGCAAAAUCUGCCUCGGCAACUUUGUCAACAUCCAGGCCAACUGGUAUAAAAUGUGGACAGAGAAGCUGAGGACAGUCCUUAGCGACGGCCCAGAUGUGCCAACUGUUGACAAGAUCGUUGCUACUUUCAACCGUGACUACCCCUACGCCGCUGACCAGCUUGCUUCCAUUGGCAUUUUGAAUCCUGAUUUGCAGGUACGAUCAUCUCAAUCCACCGAAUACCGUUUACGAUAUUCCGAGAUUGAACGGCGUGGGCGUGGAUCUUCUGUCAACGACGAGAGUGCGCCAACGUUGCCGGCUCCAGACUUUGGCAAGCGCAGUAGCGCAGGCAUCACCAUGUCACCUAGUGCAGGCAGCUCCAGUAGUAAUGUGGCUGCCGUCACCAACCCGCAUCAAUACUACUACCGAGACUUUUACGCCGGUAUUCAAGGCUACGGCACAAACUCGGCGUCGCCCAAAUCUGGCGACAUGGUUGGGAGCUCGCGCUCCAACACAGGCACUGGGCACACCUCUACACGCCCAAGUACUGGAAAGAGCUUUGAGUCUGGCGCUCUGCAACGGCAGAGCGCAGAUAUGGCGUCGCCUGUCCAGCGCUCAGACUCGACCACGACAUACACGUCCAGUCAUGCGCAGCAAGAGAAUGCUAGGUUCUCCAAUCUAUUUCAUUCUGCUCUCCCUAUGCCUGAUGGCCCAGAAGAGAGCCAGAGAUCAUCACGCGCAUCGUCUCGCGAGAGGGGCCGAGGAUCGGAUGGCUAUAACAUAUUAUGGCUUGCGGCUUCUCUGUUUGAGUUUAAUAUCGAAACAACCAAGCACGAGGCUGGAUAUCCCUAUCUGACAUACCAAGCCGGCGAGAUAUUCGACAUCAUCGCAGAGAAGGGAGAGUUGUGGCUUGCCAAGAACCAAGACGAUCCGACAGAAAUGGUUGGCUGGAUCUGGUCCAAGCAUUUUGCCAAGCUGGCCGAUUCAUAA